AAUUCCGAUACCGUGGCUUGAUUGUGUCUCUGACAUAGUGUCCCAUGUCUAUGCUAUCGGAUUUCCCUCGUGGCUACAUAAAGGUCUGAGCUGGUGGCUCCAAGCAGCAGUGCCACAUUUUGUAUCGUAAGUUUCGACCUCACCCACCAGUGCAAUGACGAACAUCAUUGUUGUGCUUGCAGCCUGCUGCUGCCGGCUUGAAUGGGAUAUUCAUGGAGGCUUGGGAGAGCCUAUCACUAUCGACCCGCCAGUGGACAUUACGCCGAUUUUAGAAUGUUGCGGUACUUCACUCCUGGCGCGAAGGUUGGAGCUUCAAAUGAAUCCUACCCGGUUGCGUAGUUUGCUGGCCAAAUGGGUGUCUUCGGUCGUUUUCGCGCCAGGUUUUAGACCACUCGAUGAUCAGUCUAGAUCGCGUUGCUUUGGCACGGCCCUUCGGUUAUUUAUUGGAAUGAGAGGACGUUAAUACACAAGGCAGGGGAAUAGGUACAAUUCAAGUUCCGUUUGUUGUGGGCGCUGAUAGAUUGCUUCGGGGUAAGAGAGACAGCAAUCCGGAAUUAGCUCAUAACCGAAUACUCUUUCGUAAGUCAAUCUGGUAUGAAGAUGUUCAAUUACGACACUGUACUGUGUUAUGGGUACAGUGAAAUUGGACAAAUUUUUGGAAUCAUGUCAGCGGGGUUUUCAGUCAAGGAGAAAGCCAUGAGAGCUUACUAGUAGCGGAACUUGUGUGUUCCUGGCUUGAUUUUAUUACGGAUCGUAUUGACAAGAACAUCCAUAUGCUAUUUGAAACAUAUUGGAAAUAAAUUUGUAACUUGAGCUGUCCGUUCAUAGCCGCUGACAGAAAUAAGUUGAUAUCUGCA